UUUAUUAAGCAGUUGAUUGUAUUUCGACGUAAUGCCUUUUUUAUUGCCAUCUGAAUUAUAAAAGGUUUUUUUUGCGGAUUAUAAAUAGCUCUUGUUCGUCUAUAGCUUCGUAGCUCGUCAGAAGAAUUAUUUGUAAAGGCUGAGGACGGAUAAAAUCAACAUCCGCGUACAAAGGAUAUAUUCUAAAAUGCGAUCUUUGAUACGAGUCUACGAUACAACGAACGCUCUAAGCGGAGGAGAAUUUCCCUUUAUGAAAAUAGGAUUCAGCGGCGCUGGUAGAUCCUCCGAGUCUUAGCCUGUCGCUCCGACUUAAUUGCUAAGAUUAUCCUUACGUAAAUACAUUCCUCUAUCGCAAGGUGCGCGUCGCGAUACCCGAAACGGCUCCGCCGCGAUAAGGAGAUUGCGAGCUAACUUGGAAAAUAAAAUAAUCGUCGCGGGAUGUUGGAGUGUCACGCCGCGCCGGGGUGCCGUGGCACCGGCUUUUCGCAACCCUUAGCCGACGAUGGUGGUCGCGCCUUCGACUUUCUCGAAGAGCCUUUCUUCGGCAGCAUGGUAGGGAUCGCCCCCGUAGAGCGACGGGGAAGAUCGGUGGUGGAAGAAAAGCGGUUGCCCUCGAGAAUUUCGCCCCCUCCCGGGGGUUACGUAGGUGUUAACGCGCGGCUUGUGUGCGGGAUCGCUGAACGUGGAGGAGAGCACACACGGGGCCGGGUAUAGCAAGCCGCGUAAUAUCGACCGUAGAUGUUGUUGAUGCAAACGGUAACCAUGGGUGACUCGGGCCAGUUGACCAAUUGCAGUCUUCACGGUGGCCGUGUCCGACCAAUCGUCUGGCGGUACGCUGCCGGUUUUUUGAUUGGGCGAUACCGGGGAUAAGAGACCAGUUCGAGGCCAUCGGGACCCACAAAUGGACGUGGACACACCAAGUGGAGAACAUCGGUCUGCUGCGGCGCGAAGUGCCCGUCGUUCCUCGUCGUCCUCAUCCACAUCGAACUUGGUCGUCGUCGUCGUCGUCGUCGUCGUCGAUCAUCUCGUUCUCCACCGUGUGUGACGCGACCCUCGGAUAACGAUACGGAUUUUGUGCCUAUCUUUCGGUUAACGAUACCGAGCCUCUGCUGUACCAUUGGAAAGCUGGCAUUGAUCGCAAAGUAAUUUACCUCCGUGUCAAGGUCUCAAUACUGACUCAUCGCGGAGACUGCAAGGGCGGACAUCAUUAUUGGAAUAAUGAAGAGAGAAGCCGAGGCUGGCGCUAUGACAGGUUCCGGGGGUCCAACAAGUCCCCACAAGCGCUAUCGACAGGGUGACGAUGAGCUUCGUCUUCUCAUCCCGAGUAAGGUUGCCGGUUCGAUAAUCGGCAAGGGUGGCCAGAACAUCACAAAACUCAGAAGUCAGUACAAAGCCUCAAUCAUUGUACCCGAUUGCCCCGGACCCGAACGGGUGCUCACCAUCAGUUCGGACCUGCCCACUGUUCUGCAAGUGUUGAACGAGGUCGUACCUAAUCUGGAGGAGACACGAUUUCAGAAUGGCUCUCGUCACGGCAGCGACGAGAUCGACGUGCGCAUGUUGGUACAUCAGAGCCAAGCGGGAUGUAUCAUCGGCAAAGGAGGCCUGAAGAUCAAGGAGCUCCGCGAGGUGAGUCAUUCUCGCUUGAAUAAUUACUCAGAACUGGUAAAGUGACAUAACGCGUUUUCGCGUUCUUGGCAAACAGCUGUUUUGCAGCUCGUUACCGCGUUAGGCGAUUUUGCAUGAGAAU